AUGUCGGAAAAACAUUGUAACAUUGAGACAUUCCCUACAUCCAGAGAGCAACAGCAGGAAGAUCACAGACCUAAGAGGUCUCAUCACUGCCCACAUUGUAAGAAGAUUUUCCCAAUUCUUUCAAAGCUAAAAAUACACCUAAAAAUACACACAGGAGAGAAGUCGUACUCCUGCUCUGACUGUGGGUUGAGAUUCUCUCAACAGAGCAGCUUAAAAACACACCAACGUAUACACACAGGAGAGAAACCUUACUCCUGCUCAUACUGUGGGUGGAGAUUCUCUCAACGAAGCCACUUAAAAUCACACCAACGCAUACACACAGGAGAGAAGCCUUACUCUUGCUCUGACUGUGGAAAAUGCUUCACAACAUCAUCUGACCUAACAGUUCACCAGAGAACACACACAGGAGAGAAGCCUUUUUCCUGCUCUGACUGUGGGGGGAGAUUCUCUCGACGGAGCAGUUUAAAAAUACACCAACAUAUACACACAGGUGAAAAGCCUUACUCCUGUUCGGACUGUGGAAAAUGUUUCACACAAUUUGAUACGUUAAAAUGUCACCAGCGUAUACAUACAGGAGAGAAGCCUUACUCCUGCUCUAAAUGUGGGAAGAGUUUCUCUCUACAGAGCAGCGUAAAAUCACACCAACAUAUACACACAGGAGACAAGCCUUACUCUUGCUCUGACUGUGGUAAAUACUUCCCAACAUCAUCUGCGCUAAAUGUUCAUCAGAGAAUACACACCGGAGAGAGGCUUUCCUUCUGUUCUGACUGUGGAAAGAGUUUCUCUCAACACAGCAGCUUAAAGAAUCACCAACGUAUACACACAGGAGAGAAGCCUUAUCCCUGCUCUGAAUGUGGGAAGAGUUUCACAACAUCAAGUGCUCUGACAGUUCAUCAGAGAGUGCACACAGGAGAGAAACCUUACUCCUGCUCUGACUGUGGGGGGAGUUACUCUCGACUGGGAAACUUACAAACACACCAUCGUAUACAUUCGGGAGAGAAGCCGUACUCUUGUUCUGACUGUGGGAAAUGCUUCACAACAUCAAGUGCUCUGAAAGUUCAUCAGAGAGUGCACACAGGAGAUAAUCCUUAAUCCUGCUCUGACUGUGGGGCGAGAUUCUCUCAACAGAGCAAUUUAAGCACACCAACGGAUACAAACGAGUGAAGCCUUUUGCAGAUUAAUUUUUUGUUGUUGUUGCUGGAUUGACAAUGGACCCCUGUUUAAAGUAACCUCCCUUUUUGGUAACAAAAGGAGAGAAGCUUCAUCAGUUCUCUCGGACCAGCUAUGAUUAAAGUCACUCCAUCACUUAAUUCUCAUCUCAUAAAAUAAUUGGUAACAUUGAAUUGGAUCAAAUGAAGAAAGUGUAGAACACUAUUGUAAUCCUAUAGUUUCUCACUGUGAGAGAACAAUGCAGAGGAAAGGGAGUGUUAUAGAAUGUUAGCCUCUCUUUACUGAUCAGUGUGCACCUUGUCAGUUUUGGUGUGUUUUGUUAGCUUCUACUGUAAAGAUAUUGAGAUGACCUUGGAUUUGCCCUUAGCGUUGAAUAUACUGCUUCCGUCUGAAGUCGUCUGUGGGACUGAGAUAGUAGACACAACAUGUAUCAGAUAGAGAUGGUGUGAUCCGUUUUCUCCAUUCAUUUGGGUGGAUUUUUUUUUUUUACUACUAAGG